AUGGAAGCACUGUUGUCCCUCUCGUUCGACAACACGUCUUCCAAGGACAUUAUCAAGAUCCGCAAGGGCCUGCGCCAGAUUGAAGGUCUGCUGGCUCAGAUCUGCAUCCCGCCAUCAUGUUCGCAGCAAAAGCGCCGUCCAUCAUCAUCGCGUCUGUCUGGCGACACGCUCCUUCCGCCUAGACAGUUGAGCUCCCUGUGCCAGGAUCCCGCAUACCGAGAGUUCUUCCGUCUGCAGGAGGGCUUUGAGUGGAAUGGUACGUCUUCUAUCCUGCGCGAUCCCUUCAGCACACUGACAUGUCCGUUCNNAGUCGCCUCUCGCCUGAUGGCCUGUCUCGAGACCCUGCUAGGCAUGCCCAAUGGUGACUAUACCCUCCUCCACCACGAAUAG